AUGCUGCAGUCGCUACCUAUACUCUCAUACUUCUCACUUCCUAAUCUUGCAUUCAUAUCACACAUCUCUCGUUCAGUGACUAGUGUUCUAUACGGAUUCGGCAAUGUGCUGGCGGUGAACUCGAAGGUGACUGUAGAGUCCAAUCUAGAAAUAGCGAAGACGUCCGCAAAGGGAACAGGGAAAACUGGGUUUCUUUGUUCCUUUUUUCUUUCUUUCUUUCUUUCUUUGUUUCUUUUUCUUUCUUUUAAAUUUCUUUGUUUUUUUAUUUUCUUUCUUUCUUUCUUUGUUUCUUUUUUUUUUUCUUUUCUUUCUUUGCCCUUUUUUCUUUUUUCUUUCUUCUUUGUUAACUUUCUUUCUUUCUUUCUUUGUUCCUUUUUUCUUUCUUUCUUUCUUUCUUUGUUCCUUUUUUCUUUCUUUCUUUCUAAAAGAAAAUUUUUCUUUCUUUCUUUCUUUCUUUGUUUCAAAAUAAAACUUUCGUCUUUUUUCUUUAUUUCUUUCUUUCUUUGUUCCUUUUUUCUUUAUUUCUUUCUUUCUUUGUUCCUUUUUUCUUUAUUUCUUUCUUUCUUUGUUCCUUUUUUCUUUAUUUCUUUCUUUCUUUGUUCCUUUUUUCUUUAUUUCUUUCUUUCUUUGUUUAAAAAAAUCCUUUCUUUCUUUCUUUCUUUCCUUUUUCUUUCUUUCUUUCUUUGUUCCUUUUUUCUUUCUUUCUUUCUUUGUUCCUUUUUUCUUUCUUUCUUUCUUUGUUCCUUUUUUCUUUCUUUCUUUCUUUGUUCCUUUUUUCUUUCUUUCUUUCUUUCUUUGUUCCUUUUUUCUUUCUUUCUUUCUUUGUUCUUUUUUUCUUUCUUUCUUUCUUUGUUCCUUUUUUCUUUCUUUCUUUCUUUCUUUGUUCCUUUUUUCUUUCUUUCUUUCUUUCUUUGUUCCUUUUUUCUUUCUUUGUUCCUUUUUUUUUAUUUCUUUUCUUUCUUUCCUUUUUUUUUUUUCUUUCUUUUCUUUUUUCUUUUUUCUUUUUCCUUUUUCUUUUUUUUUUUUUUUUUCUUUCUUUUUCCUUUUUUCUUUAUUUCUUUCUUUCUUUUUGUUCCUUUUUUCUUUAUUUCUUUCUUUCUUUUUGUUCCUUUUUUCUUUAUUUCUUUCUUUCUUUUUGUUCCUUUUUUCUUUAUUUCUUUCUUUCUUUUUGUUCCUUUUUUCUUUAUUUCUUUCUUUCUUUUUGUUCCUUUUUUCUUUCUUCUUUGUUCCUUUCUUUCUUUGUUUCUUUGUUCCUUUCUUUCUUUCUUUCUUUGUUCCUUUCUUUGCUAA